CCAGAUUUAGAUUCAGCCUCAAGCUGUGAAAAUAUACUGGCUCAUACAUCUUUACAAUUAGCUGUUUGGAUUAUGGGUAUUGCAGCGUUUAUAGGAAAUAUACUUGUUAUCGUUAUGCAUCGCACCAGUAACGAUCAGAAAAUGACGAAAGCUACGGAACUCGUAUUUAGCAAUUUAGCCCUGUCAGAUUUUUUAAUGUCAUUGUAUUUGUUUAUUAUUGGUGUUGCUGAUCUAAUGUAUCGAGAUCGUUACGCUCAAUAUGCUGAAGAAUGGCUUAGUAGUCCAGCUUGUUUUAUAGCAUCAUUCUUAAUAUGUACAUCAAGCUUGAUGUCGGUUAUAAUGAUGUUAUUUAUCAGUAUCGAUCGAUAUACUAUUACUGCUAAUCCAUUUGCAUCAUCGGAUGGAAGAUAUAAACGGACUAAAAUAGCAUUAAUACUUGGAUGGCUUUUAACAUGCACCUUCGUUGGUGUACCAACUAUAAUGGGUAUCAAUCAAAUUGGAGAUAGACGUUUACAUGAAUUCAGUUCUAUUUGCUCUCCGAGUAAUCUAAACAAUCCAUUCUACGCUGGUUGGACAUUUUCCUUUGUUAUAAUUCAACUUAUUUGUUGGAUUAUAACAUUAAUAGCCUACGUAAUGUUAGUAAUUUCAGUCAGUAAAACUCAACGAUCCGUUCGUAGCAGUGCUCAAUCUCGCAACUCUGCAAUAGCGAUUCGAUUAUCAUUAAUUUUAAUUACAGAUUUGAUUGCCUGGUUACCAAUUUAUAUAGUUUCCGCAAUUACCAUAAUUCAAGGCAGAUUAAAUGUAUUUACAUUACAAUUUGCGAUCAUUUUGGCUAUACCACUAAAUUCAGCAAUAAAUCCCUACAUUUAUACUGCUACUGGGACAGCUUGUUUCAAUCGAUUA